CAACCAAGCCCUCUUUAAACAGUUUCUGUUUUAACGGGAACAUUUAUUUAGUCCCUACUGCGCUUCAUGUCCUGUUUACUUUCUUUUUUUAGGGACUCGUUAAAUUAGAGGUGAGGUUUGUUGUAUAAAAGAGGGGACAGGUGGAAACCGCCAUAAACAAGGAGCUGUAAGAUCUCAAAGUGUCUCUUAACGGACUCGUUACUUUGCUUCACGGCGGACGGGAUGUUUGUAAUGACAAGACGUUCAAGUGAGGGCUUGCUUUGAACGUGAAGGCAGGAAAUAACGCACGCAGCCCCGCUCAAUGGCACAUUGUGCGCAACAGGGAAGUGAACCUCGGCUGCUUUUCUGCACUGCUGAAAGUUCUCUACCCUGUUCUCGAAGUUAACUUUCUCUACGUCACAAAUAAGGAAAGAAGGAAACCCGCCUUUACAGCUUUUAGAAGAAACGGCGUGUGAUCUUAAAGCGAGUUCUUGAUGCAGAAGUACUAGAAAAGGAGUAUGGUCGGAGUGUAGGAGAUAAGGAAAAGGCGACGACGAAAACUGUUUCUACACCCAAGCUUUACGAAAGAACUGCCUAAUUAUGGCCCAGUGGUUGGAGAUGAGUUAUGUCCUGACUAACAUGGACGAUGAGCGAAUCAACGCGCUCUAUCCGCCAGACACCUUCCCGAUUGAAAUCAGGCAUUAUCUUUGCCAAUGGAUGGAAGAAAAAGAUUGGGAAGGCUUCAACCCAGACCAGUCGGACAAAGAGCAGCUCGCGCAGGCUUUACUGAGCGAUUGUAUCCUCCUUUUAGAAUCGGUUGCUGAGCAGCAGAAUAUAGUGGAGAGGAUGAAGCUGUUGCAGAUAACGAAGAACUUGAUGACUCGGCCAGCUAUGGAGUUUGCUGUGAAGAUCAGAAACAUUCUCAGGCAGGAGAAGAUGAUACUCUGUGAGAGGCACACCCCAAAACGGACAGAAGGAAAGACUCCUGACUUUGAGGAUUUGACUUUCAUGAAGAGUAUAGUGCUUCAGCUCCAGGACCGCAGAAAAAGAAUCCACAGCUGUAAAGAGAAUAUGAACUGGGAGAUGGUAAACUAUGAAGCUUUGCAAGCCGUUCAUGCAAAGACUCCAUCAGAACAUUCACUCAGAGAACUACAGAUGCUCUCGAAGAAAAUCCAGCAGCUCAAGAUAAAUCAAAGCAGUCUAACCCGGGAAUGUUUGGGGGUGUUCACAGAGACUCUGACCAAGCUGAAACAGUGUCAGGAUAAUUUCAUCAUAAAGAUGAAUGUAUGGCAGUGGGAGCAGCACAAAUCCGUUAUAGGAUAUCCUUUCACUGAUGACCUCAGCCAUAUGCAGAACUGGUCCGAACAGCUGUUUGCGGUGAACAGCAACCUUAGACAGGAGUGGCUGCUGAUCCCUGAUCUUCCAAAGGAAAUCGGAGAAAAACUGACAUGUCUUCUUCAGGAACUGAUUCAGAGCUCUUUCGUUGUGGAAAAACAACCCCCUCAGGUCAUUAAAACUCAGUCAAAGUUCUCAGCAGUUGUGAGAUAUCUGCUGGGGGAAUCAUUGGUGUCUGGGCAGCCUGUGACAAUGAAGGCACAAAUUAUUAAUGAACUCCAAGCCAGAAACGUGAACCUUGCAUUGUGUGACAAUGUCGGAGAACUCAUAAACCACACAGCAAUCCUGGAUAGAAACACAGCCACAAAGACCACAAAUGCCAACUUCAGACACAUGUCCAUUAAAAAAAUAAAGCGAGCAGACCGAAAGGGAGCCGAAUCUGUGACAGAGGAGAAGUUUGCGCUGAUGUUUCUUGCAGAAAUUUUCAUCACAGGUCACGAGACUCCUUUCAAGAUACACAUAAACUCUCAGCCUGUGGUCGUCAUUGUUCACGGCAGUCAGGACAUCAACGCAGUGGCCACCAUCAUCUGGGACUGUGCGUUUGCUGAACCAGACCGAGUGCCCUUUGUCGUCCCGGACCGUGUGACUUGGAAGAUGAUGAUUGAAACUCUGAAUGUUAAAUUUUGCUCAGAGGUCGGGACAAAUCACAACCUGAAUCCCUACAACAUGCACUUCUUAGCUCAGAAGAUCUUUGACCAGCCUGAAUAUGCGAGUGACUUAAGUGACUCUGUGGUUACUUGGUGCCAGUUUAAUAAAGAGGUCCUCGCGGGUCGAAAUUUCACUUUCUGGCAGUGGUUUGAGGGAGCAAUGGAUCUAACCAAGAAACAUCUGAAGCCCUACUGGAGCGAUGGGCUGAUUUUUGGUUUCAUUGGAAAGCAACAUGUCCACCUGAUUCUCAAAGAGUCUCCCAGCGGGACUUUCCUCCUUCGCUUCAGUGACUCAGAAAUCGGAGGCAUCACCAUUGCUUAUGUAUCUCAUGAGAAUGGGAUACCGAUGAUUCAGAACAUUCAGCCUUUCACUAGGAAAGAUCUUGAGAUACGCUGCCUCGGUGACCGCAUUCGAGACAUCAAUGAGAUCUUGUACCUGUAUCCAAAUGUGCUCAAACAUGAUGCUUUCAAAAAGUUCUACACAGAGCAACAGCCCACCAAUUCGGGCUACAUUCCUGUACGUCUGCAGACUAAAGUUGGCACGGCACCAGAGAUUGAUGGAAAUCAUGUCAGUGGUGAACUGAGCGCGCUGAAUGUCGAAGACACCUACUCAUUAGAUACAUUACCAGACUUGACUGUCCUCUCCAUGGAAGCACACUGCGACCCCGUUCCUGCAGAUGGCAUGGAUUACGACUUUUAUUUCAAUGAUUUUCCUAAGAACUCUACUUGAUAUUAGAGACCAAGGCAGAUGCAAAGUCAAGACUCAAGACUAACUCAUCGUUUAUGACUGAAGUGAUUGUGCUGUUUUCUUCAUCGGGAUCUACAGUUUGAUUUGAUUGUAAAUAGAAACUUUUUAGGGCUAGAAUUAGCCUUUUCAGGGCAUUUUAGGCCAUUUUAAAAUGGCCACACUUCUCAAUUGAAUAUGGCAAUUAAAUAAUUAUGAGUUCAGUAUCGGGCGAGCAUCAGUUUAAAGUGUCCAGCAGCAGGAUUUUUAGCACUACAGGGCUAAAAAGGGUUAGCCAAUUGUGGUAUUAACACAGUGUUCAUCGUAAAGACGGCUGUGGCAGCUGAUGAGUCUCAAAUAAAUUGAAAUAAAUCACUCCACUUUACAUAAAAUAAUCUAGAUGUGUAGGAGAUUUAAAAUAACUGCCUACAAAAAUGUUUUGAAUUUUGAUCCACAGAUGAUCUAAUGCAGUCAAUAAAAAUGUGGAAUACCCUCUUAAUUUAGUGCCCAUAUAGAGUUCACAAAAUGAGCGCUGGCACAUAAUAGUUAUCCAGUUAAGGUGUCAAGUUUUUGAAUCACAGGUUGCCAAAUGCUCUACUGACUAUGUAAAAAACCAGCAGAGAGCUUAGAAGCAAAUGCUAAUCUUGUCUUCAAAAGCAGCAACCAAUUAGCAAGCUGUGAUAUUUGUACAGGGUUAAAGCCUUAGAAUUUAAAUUUUGAGCUACACAGAAAUGCAGUCCAGGGGCGUGCUGUGGUGGCGCAGGGGGUUAGCACGCCCCACGUUUGGAGGCCUUAGUCCUCAACGCGGACGUCGUGGGUUCGACUCCUGGUCCUGACGACCUUUGCCGUAUGUCUUCCACCCUCCUUCCUGUCUGCCUACUGUGGAAAAAAAUACGAGCCACUAGCGCCGCAAAAAAAACUCUUCGGGACAAAAAAAAUGCAGUCCAGAAAAAUUAAAAAAGCCCUUUAUCCUAUCACUUUUAAGUUUGAUUCCUAGAAUAAUAUUUGUGACAAGAACGCAUGUUAUUAAAAUGACUAUUUUUUGGACUAAAACGCUUAAAUUAGCUUACACCUCAACAUUUAGGAAAUCUCUAACCCUUUUUAGCCUCUGAUGUGGUUCAAAUUAGCAUCUUAUACAAAAAGGCCAUUUCACUGUUUCAACGCUGUACAACAUUUGAUCUAUUUUUUUAUUCUAAAAUACUUUAUUUACUAAUCUUGAACUAGAUUAUUCUACACUUGGCAUAGAUUAUUUUAAAGCAGUAUUUGUGAAUCUUGUCUAAUCUCGGUCUUGUGAAGGCACUGGAUGUAUCUUCCAAUCCCAAUUUAAAAGUAACACCUCAAGAUAAAAGUAACACCUCAAGGCAACAAUUUUAAUGUCUAUCUUAAUUUUAAUCGGUGUAAUAUGCAGGGAACAUGGAUUCCUUAAUUAGCACCCAAAAAUGUGUUGCUAGCUUGUGGACUCCCACUGACAGGUAAGAGGGAAAAAUAAGCCCUAUAUAUAAAGAAAAGGAAAUUGUAUGAAUAUCGAAUACUAAAAAUGCUAAAAAAAAAAAAAAAAAGCUAAAAUCUUCAUGGAUGCUUUUUACUGGUGCUGUUGCUUUAGUCAUUUUAUUUAAAUUCAACGUUAUGUGAGCCACCCUUUUCCUUUCCAGUAUUUAUCUCUACCACAGCAACGCAACAUGACCGGUUCACUUUGAAUACUUUAAAUUGGAAACCCAUCUGAAUUAAAGGGGUUUUCUUGUCAUUUGUGUUUUUAUGCUUAAUGGUGCACUUCUUUGAAAAGCACACACACACACAUAUAUAACAUGAUUUGUACAUUUGUUAACUCCUCAUUCAUUUGUUUGUUUGGUUUGAUUUAAGCUAAAUAAGUGAGUUGUCAUCUACAUCAGUUUAUUAGGUGUUAUGUUUUGGUAGUCCUGCUAUUUUUUUGAGAUGUUGGGGGUGGUUUCAGUGACAUUGUAUUUUCUCAGUUGUAUAAUCUGUCCUUACCCAAACACUUCAGUUACUGCGUGUUGAACAUUUAACCAUACAAUAUUACACAAUAUUUAUGCUGAAUAGUCUGAUAGUUUGUGUUCUUUGUUGAACAUGGGUUCAGUCACAACAGAAAACAAUAAUAAACAAUAAUCGUUUUCUUCUUUUUUUUUCAUUACUGCGGACUGCAGUACUAUAACAUGGUGAUGGACGCUCAUAACAGCUGGCAGAUGCAGUAAAGUUGACGGUCAAGACUAUGAGCUAAUUUUUUUUUUUUUAUACUAUUUUUAUAUAUGAAACUCUAGUUGACAGUAUUUUCAAAAAGCUUUGGUAAACACUGUUACAGUAAAUUUGUACAUUUAUCUCACAUUAAAUCCCAAUAGUAAACAUGAGCCAAAUCAUCAGUAUAUUAGAAAGACACAGAAACUACACCGACACGAGAGCUAGCAUGUUAGGCCAGUGAUAACAUUACAAAUGCUAAAAUUGGUUGUCCUUCUCUUGCUUGUAAAUACAAAUCUGCAAGUUGAACUGCUUCACUUUUAUUUUGUAUGAAAAGUUGUGUGAUUUAAAUACUUUAUUAGCUUAUAAGAUAGAACGGAAUGUAGCAAAAGUUCCAACCAAAAGUAAUGGGAUAGAGCGCAAUUCUGUUGACACUGUACAGUAUGUUGUUAUUGUCCUAUCCUCAGUUGAUAACUAGUAAUCUGUCAGCAAACCCGUUUUGCAAACAUACAGAUUUGUUUCUCCCCCCCAAGACUGAAGUUAACUGCUUGUACGAGAGAACCGCCUUCUCAAAACGACUCAUAUUUUGAAAAUGCAAGAUGCUCAUGGCAGUUUUGGCUUAUCAACAUGUUCGCAUUAGAUGAUUAUUUUUAAAGAAGGUGAUGGAUGUUUAAGCAGAAUGCCAAGAUUUUGGAACAAUCUUACAACUGAAGAGAUUAUGAGAAAAUGUGGUUAUGCGACUGAAAAUAUUAAUACCCCUUGUACUGUCUCUGGGAAUAACAUGGGUUGCAAAUUAGUAAAAAGGUGAAAUGACCUAAUACAGAAACAUUCAAACCACAGCAAAAUAUUGACUGCGAAGUAUGUCUGUCUAAAGAAACAAUGUGUUGAUGAAAUAAGGCAGCAUUAAAGAAUAUAACGAUCGUGUUCAUUUGAAUUGCAAUUAAUUUGAAUUACAACAUACCUAUACAUUGCUGUUGUAUGUUUUUGACUGUAACAGACUGUUGCUCUGGCUGGAAACGUUUUGCUUAUUUACUGCAAAAAUAGUUUCUGUUUACAGGUUUUUAAAGGAACAUUUGUGGGAGCUGGCAGGGGACCUUUGAGACUGGACUAAUUUUAACAUUUUAAACCCCAUUCUUAGACUCCAGUCAGUUUGUCUGGUAGCUUCAGCCUUCUGGAAAAACAAAUCUGUUUAUUAAGAAAUAUAUUAGCUACCUGUAACUGCUUAAAACAAACCUCCUAUGAAGAGUACAGUACUGAAAAUCCUCUUUUAAAAACGUAUUGUAAAAAAUAUAUAUAAUUUUUUUUAUAGUUACUCUUUUUCUAAUUUAAGCCUUAUGCAAAUCAAUUCUGUGUAAGCUGAAUAAAUUCAGUUUUUAACAUUGCUUCCACUUUAAGCCAUCCCUUUUACAUAUUUCUAUAUAUGCCAAUAUUUUUAAUGUUCCUUGUCACAUGCAUGUUUCAUGUUUUACACGUCAUGCAGGUUUUUGGUAUAAGUCCUUCAUUGUUGUGAUGUAUAAGAUUUCAACUGCCAUAAAAUUAAAACUGCCAAAAUAAUUGGGUGAAUUUAUUUACAAAUGCAUUCAUCUACACAUGUAUUAUUUCAGAAUUUCAAAAACACUGCAGUUUCCCUACUAGAAGCAGCAGCACAUAGAUGAGUCACAGAAAUAACCUCUGGGUUUUGUUCUUGUAAAUAGAGCUGGGACCAGAAACGUUAAUCCAUCUUAUUCUUCCAUAUGUCUAAGAUUUUCCAUAUGCAAAUGUUUUGUCUUGUAAUUGAUUGUAUACACUCCAAAUAAACCCGAAAAGAACACAAACA